GCCUUUCUCCCAGCAUCCUUAGCGGCGGGCGAAGGAAAAUGAAAUCGGCCAUGUCGUGGUAGAAAUCAGUCCAGAGACAGCGAGUGACGGUGUAAGUUACUACUUCGUGUAAUGUAGCAUUACAACUACAACUACAGCUCUGAAAGAAACACAUCGGCCCACUCGUUCGACCCAGAGAGCAGAUUCCGUGGCAGUAAGUUUGUUGUUGAAACCAGAAGACAAACAUGAGCGGAGGAGGAACGCCGUACAUUGGCAGCAAAAUUAGCCUAAUCUCCAAGGCCGGGAUUCGCUAUGAAGGAAUUCUGUACACCAUUGACACUGAAAACUCGACAGUAGCUCUUGCUAAAGUUCGCUCUUUUGGAACUGAGGACCGGCCCACUGACAGGCCGAUCCCACCUCGGGAGGAAGUGUUUGAGUAUAUCAUCUUCAGAGGAAGUGAUAUAAAAGACCUAACUGUUUGUGAGCCACCCCAAGCCACUAGCAGCCUGCCUCAGGACCCUGCCAUAGUUCAGUCAUCAAUUGGAACCACCAAUGCUGCUGCACCACCAUCAUUCCAGUCGGCUGGGCCCUAUGCUCCAUUCAGCAGCAGGGCCCCUGCCCCACCUUACAGUCAGUUUGGUGUUACAGCCCAUGCAGCUCAACAGUUUGGAUCUGCUGGAGCAGGAGGGCGCACUAGUCCCCAGCUGGACGUUUUGACAAAAAAUCCUGCCCUGGAGCAGGCAGUGCAGGGCCCACCGUCAGCUGCCCCAGCACCACCUGCACCUGUAGGACAGAGGAGUCAGACGGGGGCGGCAGCUCCCAGACCCACUGGCAGCCAGAAGCCCCCAGACCUCCUGGAGCAGAGAAAAGUUCCUGAGGUUCAGAAGGUGUCGCAGCCAGAUAACGAACACGGUGCAGUUGAAAACCGGGAUCCUAACAAGCAUCAAGCUGCUGCUGCUGCUCAGUCCAACCGCCGCGGCCGUGGAAGAGGAAACCGCAGCAGAGGCAAAGUGAACGUGCGUAGGGAUGGCCCCAUGAAGUUCGAAGAAGAUUUUGACUUUGAGACUGCCAACGCCCAGUUCCACAAAGAUGAGAUUGACAAAGAGCUCCAGAACAAGCUCAAACUGAAAGAUGACAAGACUGAAAAGGCGCUGAAUGGAGAAGAAGCUGCAGACUCUGAACAUCCAGCCACUGAGGGGGCCACUGAGGAGGAGGCUGUGAUAAACCCAUGUUACUAUGACAAGACCAAGUCCUUCUUUGAUAACCUGUCCUGUGAUGACUUAAGUAAAUCGGGCGAAAGAGGAUUUUCAAGGGAGCGAAGGUCGACCUGGGCAGAAGAAAGACGAAUGAAUUCUGAGACAUUCGGGAUCCCUCUGAGGCACAAUCGAGGAAGAGGGGGUUACCGUGGCCGAGGCUACAUGGGGCCCCGUGGAGGCAGAGGGCGACCCCUGAGCAGAGGCUCCUUUGGGCCACCCCGCGGUGCUCCACCUGGAUUCAGAGGCGGAUUCAGAGGUGGCAGAGGAGGCCGGGAUUUCUCUGAUUUUGAAUACAGGGUAAAUCCAUCUGCUCUAUGAGCUCUGAAGUAUAGUAUUAGUAAGGACAACAAGGUGGCUGCAUAGUACUGCAGCGAUGGAUCCACAAAGAAUUGUAGCCCCUAAUCAUGAAAUGAAAAGAAAUUCUUUGGUCUCAACAUUUGACAGAAAGAAUGAAGACAUCCUCUCAGUCACCAGCAUCAGGGUCGACUGCUUUACAUCAGGGGGUUAGAGUGCAGCUCCCUUUUCUCCACUUUGAGAAACAGGCUUUUUGUUUUUUGCCCCAGUCACCAGAUUGAUAAGAACAUGUGUAAAUACAUUGCUUUGGAGUAAUUCUGUAUUUUUGCAUCAAUCAAGUUCAUUUCUUACUGAAGUUGUCUUUGAUAUUGAAAGCUGUACUCAGAAAGCCCACUGAUACUGUGAGUGGAUCACAGUUCAUGUGAUCGAUAGCUUUAUUUUUUAUUUUCUUUCAGUUUUUGAUAUGAUGUAUGUUGGCACCAAAUUUCACUGCAUUGCCUGUUGCAUCAUAUUUUCCUCUGCUCGAACUUACUUAGGUUGGUUGCCAUGUGUUCAGUAUUUUACCCAGUUUGCAGGAAGUUUUGUUGUGUUUUUUUUUUCCGGACAUCCGUAAAUUUCUCAAUAAAGUAGUGACAUCAAAGCCAGCGGAAAGAAACAAAAUCUGAAUUGUAACAAACGAAUGUAUAUCCUGCUCAUCUUCGGCUUACUGCCCCCCAGCAAAUUGUGGCUCUCCAGACAGACUUUUAGUUUAGAUUUUUAAGAAAUGUGUAGUCAGUAUUUAGAAAUGCAUCAGACCUCCCAGAUCAGAUGAAUUGCUUCUGCUUUCCGUUUGUAGGUGAACUUCUGUUGGCCUGUUAAUGAAAGCCUAACACAGGCGAUCAGUAGGAACCAGUCAUAUGAUUGAUAUGUGGUGUUUACAGCAUUAGCUUUAGAAGUAUUUGUUGACUGUAGAUAAUUUUUUUUGACGGGUCUGUUUUAUAUAGUUGACUAAACAAAGAGCAUUCCCAUGAUUUGUGUGUGUGUGAAAGAAGAACAUCCAUUACUCUCAAUGCCUUUAGAAGCUCUUAGAAAAGGAAGUCCUGGAGUUGAUUCAGUCAAAACCUGCAGUCAGAAUGACUUCGAACAAGUUGGAUUUGGAUUUAAAAAUGCUCUGCUAUUUUGCCAAAAAAAGAACGUGAGCAUUUGGUUGAGCUAAAAUAAUUGACAGCCCAUAAGUAUGUUUUCACAUUUUAGCGCCUGUUCAAUCUACCUUUCUUUGUCCAAAAACAUACUGAGCCGUUCGUUAGAGCAUGUUCUUUUUUUUGUUAUCAUACCUUUUGAAUUGUCUUAAAGUUGUCAUCCGUGUUGUUUUUCUCUACAGUCAGCUGUUUCCACCGCAAAACUAAGCACUUGCAGUGUUGUAAGGAUUGUUUACUGAAAAUAGGAAAAUGUAUAUGGAUUGAAUGAUGUCUCAAAACGUACGUUCAAUACAAAUGGCUAAAUUUCUGAUCGAUCAGCCCACUGUUUCGCUUGUUCGCAGCUCCUCUUGUUGCAUUGUUGUCAAUGUGAUUGUUCUCUGGAGUGAAUUUUUUUUUUUUACCGACUUGUGAACAAAGGGACAAGAACUGGAUGUGGUGCCAGUGUGUUGGAGGGAGGUGGGAUAUUUUUUUUCUUCUAUUUACUCUGAUUUGUUAGGACUUUAGGGACUUAACAGUACUUUUGCCUUCAGAGUGUUGAAUUUUUUUACAGCUCUCCCUUUAACUUAAAGGUUACGUUUUGACGGAAGUAAUGAUAGCACUACAAGGUGAAACUAGAUCCUUCUCAGUAGCUGUGGUUGUUCAGAACAAAGCAGCCAGCUUGGAAAUGUGCUGUUUAACUGGAUAUUGCACAGAUUUCUGGUCACUGCAUGAUAGCCGUAGGAACCAUCACUUUAUAUGGGCUUUCGCAAUAACCAGCGAGAUUUGAAUUUAAGGAAAAUUUGACCAAACAUAUUACCGAACUAUUACAAACUGACAUGUUUUCAUAUGUUUGUUACUCCUUCCAGUCACUGGAAUUGUAAACCAGGAAUUGUUUUCUUGAGAAUAUCAGCAAAAUGGAGUUUUUAAGUAAAAUAAAGAGUUGUACAAUA